GAGGCCCAGCCCUCCUCCGCCUGGCGGGGCAGCACCGCCAGCCCGCGGGAGCCGGAGUCGGAGGACUUGCCGUCCCAACCCAGGCCGCGCCGUCCGGGAUGGGGCCCCGCUCCGGGGCGCGCUGCCUCCGGGGCAUGGGGGCCGCCUCCGCCGCGAGGGUCUGAACGGGGAGGGUGGACGGCCAGGCCCGGGGGACGGACCGCCUGACCUUGGCAGGGCUGAUCUGGCUCGGCUACCACGACGCGCAGAUGUUUUCAAGUCAGCAAACAUUUACUGAGCACCUAUUCUAUACAAGAUGAACAUCUGCAACAAGCCCUCCAACAAGACGGCCCCUGAGAAGAGCGGGUGGACGGCGCCUGCGCAGGCUGGUGGGCCCUCCCCAGAGCCGCAGGGCCCGCGGUCCCGCCGGAAUGGCUGGAGCUGGCCCCCUCACCCGCUCCAGAUCGUGGCCUGGCUGCUGUACCUCUUCUUCGCUGUGAUCGGUUUUGGGGUCCUCGUCCCCCUCCUGCCUCAACACUGGGUGCCCGCUGGCUAUGCUUGCAUGGGCGCCAUCUUUGCCAGCCACCUCGUGGUGCACCUGACUGCUGUGUCCAUCGACCCAGCAGAUGCCAACGUGCGGGACAAGAGUUACAGGGGGCCUCUGCCCAUCUUCAACCGCAGCCAGCAUGCACACGUCAUUGAAGACCUGCACUGCAACCUGUGUGAUGUGGAUGUGAGUGCUCGCUCCAAGCACUGCAGCGCCUGCAACAAGUGCGUGUGCGGCUUCGACCACCACUGCAAGUGGCUCAACAACUGCGUGGGCGAGAGGAAUUACCGGCUCUUUCUGCACAGUGUGGCAUCUGCCUUGCUGGGUGUCCUGCUCCUCGUGCUGGUGGCCACCUAUGUCUUCAUCGAGUUCUUUGUCAACCCCACACAGCUGCGCACCAACCGCCACUUUGAAGUCCUGAAGAACCACACAGAUGUGUGGUUCAUGUUCCUGCCUGUGGCCCCUGUGGAGACCCAGGCUCCUGCCAUCCUGGCCCUGGCUGCCCUCCUCAUCCUUCUGGGCCUGCUCUCCACAGCCCUGCUUGGUCACCUGCUCUGCUUCCACAUUUAUCUCAUGUGGCACAAGCUCACCACCUAUGAGUACAUCGUGCAGCAUCGCCCGCCACAGGAAGCAAAGGGGGCCCACAGGGAGCUCAAGUCGUGUCCCCUCAAGAUGCAGUCCGUUCAGGAAAUGGAGUUCUACGUUCGGACUUUAAGCCCUGUGCGCCCGGAGCCCCCUGGCCAGGCCAGGCCGGCGGCCGUGAAUGCCGACCCCUCCCGAGUCUUUGCCACUCGCGGUCUCACGGAGCCUGCACCACCCUCCUCCCCAGAGACUCUUGCGCUGCCCCCACGGAUCCGACCCCAGAAAAAGCAGCGCCGCGUGUUUAAGGUGUCGACCUCUGGGACUUUGGACCGGGCGACCCCACGGCCCAGGUUGCCCGGGCCCCGGGUCCCGGGCCUCCGCUCCAGGAGCUCGUCGUCGGAUUCCGCAGGCGCCAGCCCGGUACAGGCCGCUGGCCCUGCGGAGGCCUACCACUCAGCGUCGGCCGAGUCCUUGGACGAGACUCCAGUGGCGCAGACUCGCCUGGGCAGCGCCGCUCUGGCCGCCCCGGAGGGCAGGGGCCGAGAGCCGGGACUGGCGCUGCAGGCGCAGGCGCCCGCCGUUUUCGUCAGUCCGAGCAGCGGCGAUCCUGGGGCGCGGGGCGGCCCGGAGGCCAGCCUGAACUAGCCCGGCUAGGAGGGGCAGGAGUGCUUAGGAGUAGUGGCCGGCCCGACUCUCUAUGCAACAUCCCUACCUUGGCCGCACCGAGUGCACUUUAGGGGCCUACGCGGCCGGCGGGAUCGGCCCCUGCCCUCCGCUACUCAGCAAUACCGGCUCCACCGGCCGUGAUGCUCCAAUAAACUUUUUUAUGCUUUUGCGAA